UUGAGAGGAUCUUCAGCCCCUUUCAUCAGCAAAUGAUUAAACUGACAAAAGCAGUCAAAUACAUUUGACCUUUGAGACUAAAGCAUGGAGCCAACCUGAUCGGCAGGGAAGACAUAAAGGCAAUGCGGCUGUUUGGCUCGCAGGAAUUCAGCUUUCACUGACUUGUAGUUUCUGAUCGGGUCUUAGAUUGAGGUAGCAUGAGUUAGAGGUCGUAGUGUCCCUGUUAAGACGAGGAAAACAAAAAUGUUUCUGCCCUUCUCCUGGAUCCUGGGAACGUCUGAAUGGAUGCCUUUUGAUUCAAACCCAAUAGACAGUUUUUUUCAAGGUCUUGUGGGUGCAAGUGGAAUAUCAAUGCUGUGCAAUUUGAUGAGAGUUUACCACUUUACUCAAACAGUCAGUGAUUCUAAAUCUGAAAAUGAAAGCAAAUCGAGGUCAUCCUCACCUGACAAUCCUCUGAGGGGGAACUGGAAAGAUCUUCUCCAGUUCUGGUCCCUGGCGGUCCUCCUAUCUCUGGUGGGCUCGAGGGUUUCCUCUCUGAUAGUGCUGGAGUUUUCUCUCAGAGCGGUUUCUGCCUGGGUGACAGCAGGACUGGAUGCCAAUGGCAGAGGCCUAGACCAGCUCCUGAUCCAGAGCCAGUUCUCCUUGGGUUGCGGCCUCACCUGUAUUCUGGUCUUCCUCCAUCAGGGGGCUCCACACAGCUCCCUCAGCUUGUUUCUGGUAGCUGCUCUCAGCUGGGCACUGUCAAGCGCCAGCCACGAUCUGUGGAGCCAUGUGGCCAGACUCUACCCACUACAUAGCACAGAGCGUUACUGUGGGAAGUGCAUCAACCUCCUGACCUCCGGACACACCAUACUGGCAUCACUGCAAAAAGCGGUUAUCUUGGCCUUUGCUCUAGCAGCUGUGGCUUCCACCACUAUGGUUUACGACCUUUUCCUGUCCCAGAAAGAUGCUCUCAAGUUUUGGACUCCAUUGACGCUCUGCUACACUAUACUGGUGGUCUAUAUUCAAGAGGACCAGAAUCGGCAUACUGAACGUACAGAAGCCCUGAUGCACACUGUAGUGCUGCGACUGGGAGCCUUACUGGUGCUCAUGCUGACUGUGGGUAACUGGUCUGAUGUCCUCCACAUCCUAAUCACUUUCCUGGGUGAAGCAGUCUGCCUGUUGCCCUCUCAGGACUUGCUGCAAGCUGCGUUAAAGGAGGAAGAAGACACAAGUUUGAGCAAAUCCAGUCACAAAACAAAGGAACGCACAAAGAAAACAUCAUCAGAUCACAACUGAUGAUGUACCUGAAAUCUACCUCAAAUACCAGUGACUACCUCCUGUGACAAGAUUUACUAAAACUUGAUAUUAAUAAAACAAAACAAUAAAGGAUUAUUGUGUACUUACUGUUAUUGAGUCUUAAAGAAUAGAAUAAGGAGUUUGUAGUUUUCCACCAUAUAGCAGCUGCUGUUUCCUUUAAAGCAUUCACUGGAAGAUGAGGAUCUUCAGCAAAUCUGAUUGUUGCGGGCAGUUGCUUUUCUAUUAUGUUGCACUGUUUUGAUGAGUCAUGUAAUGGAAGACAAAUGCAUGAAAGAAUGUUGCCAAGCUGCAUAAUGAAUAAUCUGUAUUGUGGAUGAUGUUUUUCUGUAGAAACGCAGUAUAAUUAUACUUAUUAAGUAAUUUAAUAAAGCCAUAGAGUGGAAAAGAGAUGAGCAGAAAGCUACACAGUUUAAGCAAA